UGCGCGGCGUCCGGGGGCGGGAGGGGGUUGUUUUCGUUUGGAGCACUUCACUCGACCCCCUUCCUUGGCGCUCCCCUCCCCCCGUCACUUUCCCCGCUCGCCCGGGUCGCUGAUACAGCCGCCGCCGCCGCCGCUGCUGUUUCGGGAGGCGGAGGAGGAAGAGGACGCAGUUCCAGCGACUUUGGAAGCACCCGGCGCAGGCUGCAUUGAUUGAUUGACACCUCCCCGCCCCAGUUUUGCGGUGUCCCUCCCGCGCAAAAAGCCUCUCUCUUGGAGUUGUUUCAGCUACUGAGCUGUGGACACAGGACGGAAAGGAGGAAGCUGACACCCCUCUCCCCUUUUUAAAAAAAGAAAAAGAAAAGCAAUCCAGUUUUUGCAUUUUCCUCGGAAAACGUCCAAAGGAGAAAAAGAUCCCGAAGCAAAGGUUGUGGGGUCUUCCCUAUUAUUCUCCCUCCUCCCCGCUCGGUUCCCCACUCCCCGAAGGAAAAAAAAAAUCCCUGGGAGAUGGUGACAUAUGAAGCGAGCCGGGAGGACCAUGGUUGAGAGGACCAGCAAGUUCUUGCUGAUCGUGGCCGGUUCGGUGUGCUUCAUGCUGAUCCUGUACCAAUAUGUGGGGCCGGGGCUGAGUCUGGGGGCGCCCAGCGGCCGCGCCCUGGCCGAUGACUUGGACCUCUUCCCCACGCCCGACCCGCACUACGUGAAGAAGUAUUACUUCCCAGUGCGCGAGCUGGAACGGGCGCUCACCUUCGACAUGAAGGGCGACGACGUGAUCGUGUUCCUGCACAUCCAGAAGACUGGCGGCACCACCUUCGGCCGCCACCUGGUGCAGAACGUGCGCCUCGAGGUGCCCUGCGACUGCCGGCCCGGCCAGAAGAAGUGCACCUGCUACCGGCCCAACCGCAGGGAGACCUGGCUCUUCUCCCGCUUCUCCACCGGCUGGAGCUGCGGGCUGCACGCCGACUGGACGGAGCUCACCAACUGCGUUCCCGGAGUGCUGGACAAGCGGGAGAACGCGGCCCUCAAGACUCCGAGAAAGUUCUACUAUAUCACGCUGCUGAGAGACCCGGUCUCGCGAUAUCUGAGCGAGUGGCGUCACGUGCAGCGCGGCGCCACGUGGAAGACCUCCCUGCACAUGUGUGAUGGGCGGACCCCAACGCCGGAGGAGUUGCCCCCGUGCUACGAGGGUACGGACUGGUCGGGCUGCACCCUCCAGGAGUUCAUGGACUGCCCCUACAACUUGGCCAACAACCGCCAGGUCCGCAUGCUGGCCGACCUGAGCCUGGUGGGCUGCUACAACAUGUCCUUCAUCCCGGAGAACAAGCGGGCCCAGGUCCUCCUGGAGAGCGCAAAGAAGAACCUGCGGGACAUGGCCUUCUUCGGCCUGACGGAAUUCCAGAGGAAGACGCAGUACCUGUUUGAGAGGACUUUCAACCUGAAGUUCAUCCGGCCCUUCAUGCAGUACAACAGCACAAGGGCGGGAGGCGUCGAGGCCGACGGCGACACCAUUCGCAGGAUCGAGGAGCUCAACGACCUGGACGUGCAGCUCUACGACUACGCCAAGGACCUCUUCCAGCAGCGCUACCAGUACAAGCGGCAGCUGGAGAGGAUGGAGCAGAGGAUUAAAAACCGGGAGGAAAGGCUCCUCCACCGGUCCAGCGAGGCCCUUCCCAAGGAAGAGGCGGAGGAGCAGGGACGCUUGCCCACCGAAGACUACAUGAGCCAUAUCAUAGAGAAGUGGUAGCCCCGGGAGCCUUUUCUACUGGACAGCACCCAAGAUUCUCACCCAGGGGGCCACGCAGUUGUGGGGGGGAGGGGGGACGCGAUGGAAACCCACAAAACUUUAUUUAAAAAAUCCCAAGUCUGUUUAACAGAAGGUAGAUGUGUCUGAAAAAUACAUGACGGGGCAGGGGGGCGGGAGGGAAUGGGAAACGUGGCUUUUUACUGUUUCUACAAGGCCGGACAUUAUUGAAAAAUAAAUAAAGGCAAAUUUUAAAUGGGUCACAGCCAGCUCGUACUUAACACAGAACCACCAGGGAAGCACUCCACACCCAAAGUCUCGGACCAGGUGGCCCAGGCCCAGAAGAAGCUCGAGGUCCUUUGUUUGCAUCCAUGCCCUGAGCUCCAAGGCCUGUGGAAGAGAGAAAGCAGCCAUAGCUUUUAGGAAA